CUCAGGAGCAGCCGACUGCAGUGCCGAUACCGUAGGUACCUGCAACAGCGAAGCAGGGAAAAGCAGAAAAGGUGCAUAUGUUGUACGCACCUACACCAUGUCUUAUGCCUGAAUGAUACAACCAUGGUGUCCAUCCUGUCCCCUAAGGCAAUCCGGGAUCAUCCUCCCGUUGCACUCACUACUCUGUUUCUUGGCUGGAAACUGUGCAUUGUUGUGAUCGCUCUAGCUAGCCCAGGCAUUGGCUAUGACUCGUCUACAUCACUGCUCUCUAGCAAGGGUUCUCCUCAUCAAAUUUUGUUGGAAACCCCGACCUCUUUGACGAGUCCGUGGUUCAAAUUCGUCAGAUGGGACGCGAUAUAUUUCACGCACAUAUCACAGCAAGGACAUGUAUACGAGCAGGAAUGGGCUUUCGGGAUGGGCAUCUCGACGGUGUUGUCAUGGAUUGCAGCAUUGAUUGCGAACGCCUUCCACUUUGGCGACAGCCAGGCGGCCACACUCACAGCUGGCCUCGUUUUGUCUAAUUUGACACACUGGCUGUCGGUCAUCCAGCUGUUUGCCCUUGCAACAGCCCUCAAUAACGGAGAACGGCAUUCGAAGUCCACGAUCCCGUUUUGUGCUGCAGCAUUUCACAUCUUCUCACCGGCAGGGAUCUUUCUCUCGGCCCCUUACACCGAAAGUUUGUUUGCGUUUCUCUCCAUGUCCGGAUUCCUGGGCUAUGUCAAGGCCGUACAGUAUUUCGAGCGUGGACGGGGGCUUUCCGGGUGUGGCAGCAUGAUUUUGUCAGGGGCCACCUUUGGCGCCGCCACUUUCGUGAGGAGUAAUGGCAUACUGGCGGGAACGCCAUUCCUCCUCGAGGCGAUCCUGACUCUCCUCGCAAUCGGCCGACGCGGUCUAUCGUUUUCGAGAAUCAGCCGUCUUCUGACUGCCGUUCUUGCCGGGCUCCUGGUAGCGAUGGGAAUGGUGAUCCCACAAUUUGUCGCAUUCCGCGAGUACUGCAGCGGACGAAGUCCUGGAGACAGUCGACCCUGGUGUAAUCUGGUGAUUCCAUCGAUCUUUACCUGGGUCCAGUCUCACUAUUGGAAUGUCGGUCCCUUCCGGUAUUGGACACUUUCUAAUCUUCCACUGUUUCUCCUGGCAGCACCCACCCUGUGGCUGCUCACAUAUUCGGCAGUGGAAGCCGUCCGAAACCCAGGAGAUCUUCCGUGGUGCAGGCCAUCCAUGUCACCCGGCACAGCCUCCAGGUGCCGGAAGAGAGUCGUUAUGAGCCUAGCACUGCCUCAACUGGCACUUGCGGUCCUUGCGUUGACAAGCUAUCAUGUGCAGAUUAUCACGAGAUUAUCUUCCGGGUAUCCCUUGUGGUAUAUUUGGUUAGCAGCCAAGACUCAUGAUGCGCCGAAGCGCACGGCGCCCAUCUUACGGUGGAUGGUCAUAUAUGCUAUGGUUCAGGCCGGCUUGUAUGCGUCGUUCUUACCCCCAGCUUAGGAUGGAAUCAAUCACAUCUCUUUGAUCUUCGUGUGUCAAUGAUGCAUUACGAGGACGAUCCGCCUAGAAAAAUUGCUCUUUGCCACACAUAAGCUGCCGGUCGAAUCGUAGUACGGAGGGAUCAUUAGCCUAGGGAGAGUUUUCUCCUCCAGCGGCGUGCAGCUGAACAGCCCAGGUCCCCGUGGGUAGUGGUCACCACCUAUUGAGCGACCUCGAGUAGGGUUGAAGUGAGGUUGGUUCGGCAGUCAAAGUGACCGGACCCGACGCAAUCAGUUGAAAAUGAAGAAGACUAGUACUUAACUUUAGGAUGUUUUCUUCGUUGUUGGAAGAGAGAAUCCUCAGCAAAGUAGAGCACGCAUCAGGAAGUAUGUAGAAGAAUGUUGAGACGGACCGAAGCAUUGACCGAGCGGUGGAAUUAUAUUCUCCCCGCAGUACCG